CUCGAGUACAGUCGCCUUUUAAAAUUAUUGACCAUUGACUUGGCCGAACACAAGUCGUAGUAAUACUGAUACAUAUACAUAUGUAUAUAUAUAUAUAUAUAUAUAUAUAUAUAUAUACACAUAUAUUAGUCAUCGAAAGAACGAGGUCAUUCUACGAAAUUUGCACAAUGAUCGUUAACUCAAUGUCCGUCGAAAUGUCGUGUUUGUCGCGUGAUCAAUUUUCUCAUUUAACAUAACCUUUUUAACGAUUGUAUCUUUCCCGCUGCUCGCGGAUAUACAGUCAGCUGAUUUAGUAUUGACGGAAUAUAAGCCGUUCUUUUUCGAUAGAAUAACAGGUAAAUUCGAUUAGAUUUGCGAGAGAUCUUCCUUCGGGCGUUCGUUUAUUUGGAAAUCUUUUAGGCGGAUGAAAUUUGCUCGAUUUUCCACGGAUGAAACGAUUCCGACAAGCUGUUGGCGGUCGAUGACAUACACAGUACAGUCUGACCGAAUUAAUAUUGACGCAUUCUAACGCACGUUUGUUUCAGUUCCUAAAUCGAAAACAUUUCAAAGUCUAAAUAGCGAUCAUUACGUGAUUUUGCUGUGUCGCAUUUCAAAUAUUUCCUCAAAGAGAAGAAGUUUUUAAACAGCGAUGCUUCGACGAAUUUGGGAUCGUGAAAGACAAAACAAGGACAAACGAAUCUCGACAGACUGUACAGCUGAAGUUGUAUUGACUACAGCGUUUUCUUCGAGCGACUGCAUUUCGGCCAAAACGAAGUAUACAACGGAUAUCAAGAGUGAAAAUAUAAAGUGUCGUCGAUGAUCUGCAACACUGAAUGAAUGAUCUCAAUUGGAAGAAGAUAAUCAAGGUAAAUUUAUCGAAUGAAGUCGAGUUCGUUGAACGUUCCAAUUGCAUUCCGUCGACGCCAACAUUUCGAUCCGUUUCUAGCACGAUACCAUGUCGAAGACAAGAAAGAAACAAUGCUUUUUAAAAUACGUUCGUAGCAGAACUUCAAUCACAAAGUACGAAUGAUACGAUGUGGAAGUUUUCGAAAUUUGAAGAUCGCGCGACAAACGAAAAGGAUAUCGCAGGAGCCUAAUUAAAAUUUCGGAAAACUUUCUGAUCGAGCACUGCCAUUGUCACGUGAUCUAUCCUAUUCUUACGUCACUUUUCGCGUAAAAUUUAAAAUUUUUUGCGACACUCUUGUCGCUUGUUCUGGAUGAAACGAUUCGGUAACUUGAAACAAAAUGGGAAAAACGAGAGGAGUGCAUGAAACAACGCCGGAAUUAAGAAAUCGAAUGGUAGGAAUGUAUGAAGCAGGUUUAGGCCUGCGAGAAAUCGCAGCCGCCGUAAAUUGUUCGCAACGUACAGUAAAGAGAUGGUUAAACAGAUUCGACAAAGAAGGCACGGUGGAAACUCGAGAACGAUGCGGACGUAAGAGGGCAACAACAGCGGAACAAGACGAAGCAAUUGUUCGACUAGCCACACAGACACCGAUAACGGCAGCAAAAGCUGUACUUCCUGCUUUAGGACUUACUUGUUCUGUCGAUACUAUACGCGAAAGGUUACAUAAAGCUGGAAUUCAUAAUUGGAGUCCUUCGCGAAAAUACAUGCAAAGAAUCCCACUCGGCGAUACGGAUGGUGUUGCUAUACAACAACCUGUAUGGAGACCUACUGGAACGCAAUUAGGGAAAAAAAAGUCUUCCAGAGAUCCUAAUAAGAAUGAAAAGAAUGCUAGUAUAACUAAAAAGAGAAAUCCACUAAGGAAAAUUAGAGCCAAAGAUGUUUAUGUUGGAGAUGGAGCACCAACAGAAAGCGUAAAGUCUUCUAACGAACAACAGGCAUUUAUAUAUCAACAACAGAGUGCUUCACAGACAGAAGCCAAUGAAAUACAAGCACCACCUCAGCCUUUACACCCGCAGACAGAUUUUAGCAAUACUCUGAGUUUAACUCAGGAAACGCAACCUAUUUAUCAGCAUCCUGGCCUGAAUAUCUCUCAGAAUUGGCCUCUAGAUUUAGUACAAGGAAGUCAUCAUUAUCCACAGGGUCAACAAAAUUCAAUAUCUCACGAACAAGUAGUUUCCUCUCAACAGCUUCAAGAAUUGCAUGCACAACAGGAACGGCAACACCAUAUCCAACAAGUACAACAAACGAUCACGGAUCAGACUCAUAAUCUUGAUCAACAACAAGGGCAACUUCAAGCAGAAGUUCAGCAGCAACAACAGCAGCAUCGUGAUCACUUACAUUCUCAGUUAACUAGUCCACAAACCAGUACGAAUUUAGUUUCUGAUAAUUCUAAUACUCGUGGUUCUCAAGAUAAUAAUCAGUCUUCUAGCAUAGAAUCUAUUCAGGAUAAAGUUUCAUCGGAAGAAGGUAGCACGAGAAAUCAACUACAGAAAAGGAAAAAAAAAGGCGGGAAAGCAAAAGGGACAUUGGAAACCAGCGUUGAAAUUCGAAAUCGUAUGAUCGGCAUGUCCGAAGCUGGUUUAUCCACGUUAUCUAUUGCGCUUGCAAUCGACAGAUCGGAACGUACCGUUAAAAGAUGGUUAGAACGUUGGCAUAAAGAAGGUAACGUACAAACUAAAGAAAGAAAGGGUCGUCGACGAAUCACUACUAAAGAACAGGACGAAGCCAUUGUUGCUAUGGCUACUCAGCAACCGCUGACUGCAGCUAAACAUGUUGCGCCUGCUCUGGGUUUAAAAUGUAGCGUUGAUACAAUCAGGGAAAGGCUGCAUAAAGCCGGUAUACACAGUUGGAAGCUUGGGAAGAAACAGGGAGAAGGAAAUGCUGUACAUACUGUACACCUUUGGCAACCAAGUGGAAAUCGACCGAAUAAGCCAAAAUUACCGGGCGAGAAGAAGAAAAAGUCAAGCAAUAAUAAAAAACGCGAUCAAGCAUCAAACAACACGCAGAAACGAUUAUCUACUAGAAAAAGAAAACCCGAAGCGGUUCCAGUAAAGAUGAUUUCACCACCUGCAAACAUAAUGUCGGAACAAACUACUACUUUAUCAUUCCAUAAUCCUGGAACAAUGGCAAACUAUGUUUCAGGUUCUAAUAUAAUACAACCUAUUCAUAAUAUUUCCGCACCUCCUUCUACAAUUGUUCAAUCUCAAUCGCAUCCGCCAGCAGGUCCUCCGCCAGCAUCUCAAUCGAUACAACCAAUCAAUUCUAUGAUGCAACAAAGGCCUGACUGUCGAUUAGCACCAGCAAUUGUGACACCCGUAUCGGGUCAAGGAAAUACCGGAGUUGCCUAUCCAUCGUGUAUGGUUGGAAGUAACAGUCACACAGGACACAUGGAACAACCAGAUCCUUUAAAUUAUGAACCGUACAUUUGGAGUUUCUAAUCAUCGAUUACACGAGUAACAUUAAAUCAUGAACUUCCAAAUCACUUUUACAACAUAUUGUUCCAAAUUUUUUAACUUUUUAUCACAUUGUAUAACGUUCGAUUCGAAAACUCAAAUUAUUACGUUAGCUUUACAUUUAUAUUAUUUAUGAUGGUAACGUGAAGCUAAUUUGUGAAUCGUAAGUCGCUUUCGUGGAAGUAUUUCAGUAUUUUUACGAUUGCUAAAAUUUGGAAUAAAAGCCUCAAAUAAAUAUUAUCGAGUAAGUAACGGACUGUUAAAAUUGAAAGAGUAUGUAAAAUUUUAAUCGAUUAUAAUUAAUCUUUAACAUAUCCUCAUAAAUAUAUGAGUUAAUUCGUUAGAGGUAAUUAACUUAAUUGUUAGUAGAUAUCGAACAGAAUAUAAGAUUUAUGGAAAAAAGAUUAUUUUCUUUGUGUUGCUUGUAAGAUUGGAUGUAUCAUUUAUAUGAUUAUAAAUGCGAUAUCGUAAAACGAUGAAAAAGUUUUUUGUGCCGAAUCGAAAUUGUGAAACGAAGACCUUUAAAUGUUCACUUUUAACGCAUAGCAAUGUAAUCGACAUCCAUCCUUUACACGGAAAAUAAGUUUUGAUGAAAUUCAUAUAUGAAAAAAACAAUGUUAUUUUACUCGAAGUAUAAACUUUUAUAAAAUAUUUUUCGUAAAUUUAAAGUUAUUACUUAUUAUUAAAAAUUAAGUAUUAGAAAUUAUUACUUAUCAAUCAUUAUUACCACUAUCAAUUCCAUCGAUUUAAAGAAUUUUCAUGUUGAAUGAAACUAAUUGAAUUAAUUUAAGUCAACGUGAAGAAACACGUCAGUAUUGUGUAAAUAUAUAUUGCGCAUAUGACCGUAAUUAAACAGAUAUAUUGAUAAAAAUAAAAGAAAAGUUAUACAAUGUUUAUUUUGCUAUACAAUGUAUUUUAUCUUUGAAUCGUCAUUCACAAUGUGGUAAUGAAAUACGUGAAAUAAAUGACUGUAAAGGUAGAAAA